CUCCCCUUUCAGGGAAGGAUAAAGAGAGCCAGUGCACAUGCUCAGAGAUGCUCACUAGCAGUUUGCUGCAGCCAUUCAAAGAGACCAUCACAAAGGCAAGUGUGACACCAGUGAAGGAGGAAGACGCCACUAGCGAAAUGGUGAAGCCCUGCAUAAGCAAAGUGAUCGUUUUAGUGCCUUUAAUGCUUGUAGUUGGGCUUUUUUCUACCAAGCCAGCUGCAGCCGAAGAAGAAUCAGGAACAACAAUCCCUGCUGAAAGUCGCCCAUGUGUUGACUGCCAUGCGUUUGAGUUCAUGCAGAGGGCUUUGCAAGAUUUAAAGAAAACGGCAUACAACUUAGACUCACGGACGGAGACCUUGCUUUUUAAAGUGGAGAAGAGGACUCUGUGUGACUGUUUAACUGCAAAUGCACUGAACUGAAUACUGGAGACCCACCUAGCAGCCACUGGUUCGUCAACAGCUUUUAAGAUGCUGCUGUUAACGCAGACAGAUUUAGGAAAUAAAAUACUGCUUCAGGGCACUUACGCAACUAGGUGGAGGAUUUGGGUGUGAUAUUGAUGUGUCUCUCCUGUCUGAAUGCUUGUGUAAUUCUUUGUCUUCACCUGUGUUCAUGUCCUCAUGAGCUCUAAGAUAUUUUCCAAAGAAAGGGAAAAGCUGGAAGGGGCGUGGUUCUAAUUUAUGGCAAAAAUAUUAAAAUCUUAUUUGGGGAAGCUCUGGGGUUUUUUAACUACAUUUCCCUCCCCACACAAAAAGCAAAACACAGAGCACAUCAUUAUUCCUGGGAUUUCUUCCCCUAACAGACACAUACACAUUUCCCUCUAAUGUUUUAGGAAAGUCUUUUCCCCCCUCUCACAUGCAAGAUGGGGACUAUGUCGUCUAACAUGGUGGCUUCAAAAAUGCUGGUUGCUUCAAAAAUAUUGUCUAUGCUCAUGAGGAAAUUAUAGAUAGAUUAAUUGAUCAAAAUAGUAAAACUCACAUGAUUAAUUGAUUCCAAUAAGUUUGAACUUUUUUUGUUCCGUGAACCACCCUGGGACCUCCGGGUAUAGGCUGGUAUAUCAGUUCAAUAAAUAAUAAUCAUAAUAAUAAAAUAAGGAAUUGAUGCUCUGAGUCAAUACAUUGCACCAAAUAUCUGCUGCUCCUCCCAAGGAAGGUGUUACUGUCAUAGUGGCGCAGAAGAGGGGGAAAAAACCCCAAAACCCCAGAUCCUUUAUGACUGCACUAAUAUAAAGAAAUGUAACCCAACAGUGAUGAGUCAGAUUUCUCAAUGAAAAAAUAAUAUUUGCCACUUCAGUAACCAUUGAUAUUCUGUUGAAAGUCUUUAGGGCCCUACUUGCUAGCAAGAACAGCUGUAGAAACUAUUUUUAAAAAUCCUAAGACAGUAGUUCUUGGCUUGAGGGUAUUUUGAGAAUCCUCAAGAAUCACAAGAAAGUGAAUGUUAAAACAACUGGUGGGUCUUCAGAACUUGAGGAACCUACAGCCUUUCAGAAGUUAUUGGGGAUGGUCCUCUAGGCAGUUUCCCAAACUUGGGUCUCCAACUAUUUUUGGACUACAGUUACCACCAUCCCUGACCACAGGUCCUGCUACCUAGGGAUGAUGGGAGUUGUAGUCCAACAACAGGUGGAGACUCAAGUUUGGGAAAGCCUUCUCUGGAAGACCAUCUCCACCGUCUCAUCACAGAUGUAUGGAAGUCCCCUUGUAACCACGUUGUUGCUAAUAUUUGUGUACCUGGAUAUAUGGUGUACUCUGCCGUCCUGGUGUCGUAUAGUCUCCUAAUCACUUUGUUGGUUAACUUCCACAGAUUUACACAGAUGGACUUAAAGAGUUUGACUGACCUGAUGUUCUACCACUAGUUGUGUAUCGCUUAUUUUCAAACAUUACUUCCCAGUUUGAGUUUCCAAAAUGAAAGAACACCAGCCCUCCAGAAAUGGAGAGCUAAUACUUCUUAAAAUCCAGUUCAUUGAUUAUUAUUUUUUGUUUCUGCAAGAAACUCACACAAUUUCUGGAGUAUAUAAUGUCAUCCUCUCAAGUCUUGCUAGAAGCAACCCAGGUCUCUAGCUCAUAGUUCCCCCUGUCCUCAGCACCUUGCUGUGACGUAUAUUGCCUGAGUUCCCCGUGAUAAUGACCUUGUGAUUGCCUGAUCCUGUUUCUGGAUUAUGUUUAGACCUAGAUCGAUACGCUGUACUUGACCUUGGCUUGUUGGGACUGUGCCACUUUUUCAACCCUGGCUGUGUUGGCAGGUACUUCCUAGGAUGAGAGACUAGCCUCUGAGAGCACCUCCUGGAGUGUUAUAGCUGAUUUAAAUUAUUACCGUAUUUUUUGUUCCAUAAGACACACUUUUAUCUUCCGAAAAAGUAAGGGGGAAUGUCUGUGCGUUUUAUGGAGCAAAUGUGUGGUCCCUGGAGCCGAAUUGUCCAGGGGCAAAAAGCAGAUCAUGCUCUUUUUUUUUUGAAAGAGGGAAGUGGGUGUUGAAACAAAGCCGCUGAUCGUUUGCCAAUCGGGGGAAGAGAUAAGGGACGCUAGAGAUAAAGGAGGCUGCCUGGGAGGAGGGAGGUAAAGAUAGCAAACUUGCAAGGGGGGGGGACAGGAAGACUAAAGCAAUAAGGAGAGAAAUUAGAAGAAAAGGAGCAAAAAACUUCUCCAGCUAAGGAAAAGACACUAAGGCAAACAAGAAGG